UCACACUGGUCUCAUAGUCGCGGCUGAUAAGUCGCUAAUUUUUGCAUAAUAUUAAGUAUAAGUCAAAACAAACGUGCGAAUUAUGUCAUGUAUUCGGCUAGCGUCUGCCACCGUUCUGGCAGGGGUCCGUCCCCCGCCGGCAGCAAGCGGAGGUGGAGCCUUGCGCCUGUUGACUAAACGGAAUCCGGAUGCUGCAUUCGCACGCCGCCAGUUUGCUGUAGCGGUUGAAAACGGCGGAGGCAGAAAGAAGCCGAAUGGAACUUUCAAGCUCGCAGUUUUGGGGGCCACCGUAGGCGCGGCCACCGGAUCGGUGUAUACGAUGUACCAGCGGUGGACAGACGGCAGCUCGCACAAAGAGCACGAGGAGACGAAGCCGACGCGGCUGGACGGGAUUCCGGCUGGAGUGCGGAUAACCAAGCGCUAUGUCAACCCCAAGGACACGUCCGGUUUGGACAUUGUGCUGUUCCAGUUCCAGACGUGUCCCUUCUGUUGCAAGGUGCGCGCUUUCCUCGACUACAUGGGCAUAUCCUAUGCGGUGGUCGAAGUGGAUGCCGUCCUACGGCAGGACAUCCGCUGGUCGUCGGUGAAGAAGGUGCCGAUGGUGCUCAUCCGACAGCAGGACGGCAAAUACGUCCAGAUGGUGGACUCAAGUGCCAUCAUAUCCCUUAUAGCCACCCACCUGCAGGACAAGCGCACCGACAUCGGCGAGCUGGCACAGUUCUAUCCGCACACCUCCUUCUUCGACGAUGAUGGCAAAAAGAAGAACGACAUAUUGAAUAAAUACUUCCUCAUGUACCGCGAGCAUACGCCCAAGGGAGUAUCCAAGGAAACGGAUGAAACCGAUCGCAAGUGGAGAAGCUGGGCCGACAGCCACUUGGUGCAUCUAAUAUCGCCCAACUGUUAUCAGACCAUGGGCGAGUCCCUAGAGACUUUUGAGUGGUUCUCGCAAGCUGGCGAGUGGGACGUUCACUUCCCCAAAUGGGAGCGCGACCUGAUGGUUUACUGUGGUGCCACCGCCAUGUGGGCCAUAGCCAAGAUGCUGAAGCGCCGUCACGCCCUCAGCGACGACGUCAGGUCGCACAUGUACGAUGCCCUUGACCAGUGGACCACUGAGCUGAAAAAGAGGAACACGAAAUUCAUGGGCGGAAAACAGCCAAGUCUGGCUGAUCUAUCGGUUUUCGGCGUGCUUUCAAGCAUGGAGGGGUGUCAGACGUUCAAGGAUUGUCUGCAAAACACCAGCAUCGGUAAAUGGUUUUAUGACGUCAAGGCGUUGGUGGAGAAGAAUCGUGGGCAGUUGCAAAGAGAACGUAUUGAAAACAUGGCCGCUAUAGCUUAAAACAAAUAUUUGCCCUUAUUUUAUCCAAAGAUUGUUGAAAAUAACCGAAAUGUUCAUUAAAAUAUACAUUUUAAUC